CCUCACCUAGCUGCCACUUAAUUAGACCGCUAGGCUAUGAGGCCCCUAAUUCGAUUCAGUUAACAUCGAUGUUACGAUAUUUUUGGUAUAGUAACAUCGAAGUCAAAACAUCGAUGUUUUUGCUUUCAACAUCGAUAAUAAUCAUCGAACAUCGAUAACCAUCGAAUAUCCCUAAUGCGUUAGAAUUUGUUUUGUUGAAAAACAAACAUUUUAUAAAAAUCGAAGUAAACUAUUGUACAGAAGCAGCCCACUAAAAAUAUUUUGAGUAAAUACAAAAGUGAAAUCAUGAGUAUAAUAUUUAGUAAGGAAAAUAUAUGUUUAAUUGAUCAUAUGGAUUUUGUUACCAAAUGCUACAGCAAUGUAAGAGAAAAAAAUAAUACAAAACACUACACUUUAACACCUAAGUUGUUCUCAAUAAAACGUAAAAGCAUUAUCGCACCAAGUAAACAAUUCAGGAAAAGGAAACACAAUGAUAAUGUUCUUGAAGAAGCGCUAACUAUACAAGCAAUAUACAAUAAUCUCAUUGCAUCAUUACCGACAGGCUUAAAAACAGCAGUAAAAACUAAAUACAAUACAAUGGAUGCUUCUUCUUUAAGGGAUUUUUCAAAGAAUUUAUUUGAAUCAACUGACUAUGACCACAAAGAUACAAGCGGCGGUAAUAACUCUGAAGUCCCACUGAUAUGUCAAAUCGAAGGAUCUGAUUUUUUAGUACCAGGAAAAUGUAGAUUCAAAUGUGGCUGUGUAAAAGAAGAAUGUAAGAAAUUGGAUGGGAAUAAAUAUGAUAUUGUUAUAGCAGAUCCACCAUGGUGGAAUAAAUAUAUUCGAAGAUUGAAGAAGGCAGCUAUCAAACUAAGUUAUUCAAUGAUGUAUAAUGAAGAAAUCGCAUCAAUACCCAUAAACAAUCUAUUUUCUGACACCACCCUUAUAGCAGUGUGGUGUACGAAUUCCCCAAGCAAUAUUAAUUCUGUCAAGGAACUAAUUUUUCCUAAAUGGGGUGUUGAGUAUGUAACAACAUGGUAUUGGUUAAAGUUGACCAUAGAUUUAGAGCCUAUUUGCCCGUUUAGUAGUGGCUCAAAAAAACAACCAUAUGAAAGAUUAAUUAUGGGAAGAAGAGGAGACUUAAAAGUGCCGAAAAAUGUGGUGUUUGCAAGUAUUCCUAGCUCAUUACAUUCUCAUAAACCGCCACUUAAUGGUGAGUAAAAUAACAUUGACUUGAUUUAGUGCUACUGUUACCUAACAGUACCUAUACAACCUGACUUUCAAAGUAACUGCAAUUGUUUGUCAUAAAGAAAUGAACAUUUAAUAGCAGACUGGUGAUUUUAAAAUAUAUUGUUGUUUAUUUGCAAAUUCAAAUUAAAGAAAAAAAUGU